CAAAGCAGCACGCAUGAUUUUUUUUCGCAUCCCAAAGCCGAAGAAGCACAGAGCAGCGCAUCCAUCCAUCCUACUAGUCAGCCAGCCUUACUUAACCCCCUUCCAUCGUCGGAAGACGAACCCUCCACCACUCUCCAUCGAGCCUCUCAAACAGUCAGACGAUGCACGACUCAUCACCCCUCAAAUCCCUUUCGAUCCUCUCUUUCUCCCUCGCUCACCACAAACGCCGAGGAAGCGCGAAAUAGAGAAACUUUCUGGCCCCCAGCUUACCUUACCUGGAGGGGUGGUGGUCACGUCCUUUUUUUGUUCCCUUGACCUUAAUUAUCAUUUUCCCUCCAUUUGUUUCGUAGACAUGGGGUUCUCAUCUCACGUCAUCCGUCCUAAGCAAGCAAAGCAAGCACGCACGAGGAGCACAGAUAUACUUACUGAUGGAUUGAAGCAUGGAUAG